AGCGGCCCAUGUUCAUAUAUGAUAGAUUUGAUUCUGCUGCUCUCUGCUGGUUUAAAGAGGUACUGCAGAGGGCAACUUGCUAAAAUGCAGCAGCAUGCAUGUGCUGUACUGGUGUGUAUAUAAUUUCAAACUCAAAAAUCCAAUGAUCGGAAGAAAAAAUGCAGCAUUUGGAUACAGAAGUGAAAGGAUUUAAAAACAAGUUACAGCAUUUUCCAUCUCUUUACAUUGGCUACCUUUCAAUCCCCAGUCCUAAUCUCACCUAUUUAAAUGUACUAACACCAUACAUAGACAUUUUCACUCAAGUACAGAGGUUUAGGCUGUGUGUGUUAUGAUCCUAACUGUGGACUAUAGAUGUGUGUAUUGGCCAUGUUUGCAUCGUCACUACUCUCUGCCUACAGCAGUCAGCAUGGACACGGACGUUGUUCUCAAACAGAAACCGUUGACUAGUUACCAAUACUAGAGCCUGUACAGGUGACCCUGCCAACAGGCAGCCUAUGGCCAAGAGAUGGGAAUUUGGAAGCACCUGCUCCUGUUUCUGGGGUCAACAAUUUCAAAGGAGUCUUCUGAGACAUAGUGACAGAGACACCAGAGCGAGUGUGUGCCCACUGGGACAUUCCUCCAGCUUCACACAGCCUAGCAAGGCUCCUAGUCAGCUUGAUAGGAUGUGUGGGGUGGACGUGGACCUGGAUGAGGGGGGCUCAGGUGACGAGGAGAAGGAGCAGGAGUUCUGGGUGGGGGAGGGGGUGAAGAUGCUGCCCCCUCCCCCGGCCCACAGCGAGGGCAGCGUGUGGGGCAGCCGCCGGGGCAGGUGUGGCUGUGUGGCGUGCGGGGCGGGGCUGCUGUUGUGGAACGUGGGCGUGGCCCUGGUGUGUGUCCUGGUCCUGGUGGCCGUGUUCACUCUGGUCCUGCUGCCCGCCUCGCUGCUGCUCUAUGUGGGCUUCCUCUGCCACUCACGGGUCCUAGUCUCCCCCUCUCCUAUCUGCCGUUACCUCGACGACAACAGCUGUUCUGCCCUAAUUAUCCUGGGCUUCGUGAUGAUGUCACCGCUGGUGGUGGUGGCGGCAGCCAUCUUCUGUGGGCUGCUCCGGAGGCUGCGACUCCUCCUGCUGUUUCUGCCAAUCACAUGUGCCUGGUACCAUGGACAGGGCUUGGACUGGGGAGGCGACGUCCGUGCCUGGGUCUGAUUGGACCAACGUGCUAAUAAACCUGUUGUCAAAAAGUUAAAUAGGUCAACGGUCAAGAGAGAAUCCAGUCCUGGAGAAUCGCUGUGUCACCUAAUGUAUUUAGUGUCCUAUUAAACUGUAGUGAAUGUCAUACAAUCAAGUGGAUACAACGUGAACCAGUCCAAUUAUUUAAAAACCGAGCUUGACAUGUGUAAAAGGCAGUGGUUAGGGGAGUAUUGCUAGUCAGAGAGGAGACAGUGGAGGUAAUGGUGGGAUAUGCUAGCAGUUGUUCUCUGUGGAUUUGUACUGGUUAUGUAUAGUUAUAUUUUUCUGUUAUCAAUUAUCUGUUAACUUAUAUGGUUGUGAACAUGAUGUAGCAGAAAAACGAAACAGUAUUGUAUAAACUGUCACUCAAAUGUCUAGAAUGGAAGGAAAAUAUGUUUACAAACUUACUUCUUUUGACAGAUGUUGUUCAUUCUAUUGAUUUCAUUAUUUUCACCAUCUGGGUUAAAGGGCAAUUCUGCCACUUGUCAACCUCAUAUUCAUUAUCUUCAGCACCGAACCAGUGUCUAAAUUCAAUCAAAUAAAAUUGUAUUGGUUGCAUACACAUAUUUAGCAGAUAUUAUUGCGGGUGUAGCGAAAUGCUUGUGUUCCUAGCUCCAACAGUGCCGUAA